UUUUUUUUUCUUGCAUCUCCCUAGCUAGCGCCGUUUUCCGUGCGCCGAUAGACGUCGUCUCCGUCAUUCAUCCGCCGUCAGCAAACAACCACCUGCCUACACCCGGGCCAAGCUCCGGAACGAUUUGAUCCCGUCUACAGCCAGUCCUUGCCUCUCGGCAGUCUAUCUCGGAAGGCGGCACACGCACGGUAACCAAGCGAGCGAGCGAGCCACAGCCAGGCCAGGCAAGCUGCAAGUUCAGUGGGGAUAUCACUCGUCGUCGUCGUUGCUUCCUACCUCCUCUCUCCUCACCACCCGGGUCAUAUGCUGGCUCGCAAAGCAAACCGCACCACCACCAGGCUGGCAUCGAGCGCCUUCAGACAGACCAACAUGACCGCCGUCAAGCUCGCCCCCGCCCCCGCCCGCGCCGUCAGCAGCAGCGCCAAGCGCGCCAACGCCGGCACCGACAAGCCGCUGUACGCGAGCCAGAGCACGAUCCCGCACCUGCCCGUGCCGCGCCUCGCGGCCACGCUCCACAAGUACCUCGAGUCGCUGCUCCCCCUGCAGACGCGCGAGGAGCACGCAAAGUCGGCGCAGGUCGUGCGCCAGUUUGCCGACAGCGACCUCGCGCACAUCCUCCAGGCGCGUCUCCAGGCCCGCGCAGAGGAGAAGGACUCGUGGCUCUCCGAGUGGUGGAACGACGCCGCGUACAUGGGCUACCGCGGCCGCCUGAUCCCCAACGUCAACUACUUCUACAUCCACAAGAAGGGUCUCGGAAAGGGCGCUGGACAGACUGAGCGUGCUGCCCAGAUUGUCCGCGCCGUUGUCGAGUUCAAGAAGCUUGUCGACUCCGAGCGCCUCGAGCCCGAGAAGGUCAAGGGCCAGCCCCUCUGCAUGAACUCGUACCACUACCUGUUCAACGCUGUCCGCGUCCCGACCUCGCCCGCCGACGUCCCCCUCGCCUACCCCAAGGACCUGAACCACAUUGUCGUCCUCCGCAACGACCGCUACUACAAGCUCGAGGUUGGUGGCCGCAGCGCCAGCGAGAUCACUGCCGCCCUCAACGACAUCAAGAAGGCCGCCGAUGCCGCCGGCCCCGGCGAGCCCAUUGGCGUCCUCACUGCCGACGACCGUGACGUCUGGACCGAGUUCCGCCGCCACCUCCUCUCUGUUUCCAAGAACAACACCAAGUCGAUCAUUGACAUUGACUCGGCUAUCCUCCUUGUCGACCUCGACAGCGGAGCUGCUCCCAAGAGGGACACUGAGCGUGCCUGGUCGUACUGGGCCGGCGGCAACACCCCCGAGCCCCAGACCAAGGGCCACAACCGUUGGUUCGACAAGCACCAGUUCAUUGUCGACGAGACUGGCGAGUCGGGCUUCAAUGGCGAGCACUCGAUGCUCGACGGCACCCCUACUCUCCGUCUCAACGAGUUCGUCCUCGCUUCGCUCGACAAGGGUGUUAUCCCUCUCGAGCUUCCCGAGGCUGAGCGCGCCAAGGGCCCCAUUGAGUGGAGCGAGAUCAAGUUUGACCUCGACGCCAAGCUCAAGGAGGACAUUACCAAGUCGCAGAAGGGUUUUGGUGCCGAGAUCACCAAGCAGGACCUCGAGAUGGUUGUCUUUGACGACUAUGGCAAGGGCCUCAUCAAGACGUUCAAGGUCUCGCCCGACGCCUACGUCCAGAUGGUCAAGCAGCUUGCCUUCUUCAAGCUCCACGGCCGCCCGGCCGUGACGUACGAGUCGUGCCAGACCCGCAAGUUCCUUCUCGGCCGUACCGAGGUCAUCCGCUCGGCUUCCAACGAGUCGCGUGCCUUCUGCGAGGCCAUGCUCGACCCCAAGGCCACCGACGCCGAGCGUGACGCCAAGCUCCGCGCCGCCGCCGCCCGCCACAGCCAGUACUCUGCCUGGGCCGCCGACGCCCAGGGUGUCGACCGCCACCUCUUUGGCCUCAAGAAGCUCGUCCGUGAGGACGAGGAGAUGCCCGCCAUCUUCCUGGAUCCCGCCUUCUCCAAGUCGUCGCACUGGGAGUUCUCGACGUCCAACCUCGGCUCCAAGUACCUCGACGGCUGGGGCUACGGCGAGGUCGUGCCCGACGGCUACGGCCUGUCGUACGCCAUCCACGACGACAAGCUCUGCUGGGGUAUCACCACGCUCAACGGUGAUGCCCACACGCUUGCCGAGGCGCUCAAGGAGGCGGCCAGGGAUGUCCGUGGCAUGCUGGAGCGUGCCAAGGCGUCUGCCCCGGCCAAGCUCUAAGCGGGGCGAGUACGAGUGCGCGCAGCGCACGAGUUUGAGCCACAGCCAGUGCUAGCUGUCAUAUUGAGAGACGGCCCCACGACACUCUUUCUAGAAAAUCUAUUCAACUGAACAUCCCGGGUACCAGCGGCUCAACCCAUAGAGCCGGGUUAGAAGGCCAUCACGAAGGCGUAGCUGGAUUGUAUUGCGCAUUGUCAUGCAGAGUUGCGAAUGAG